AAGGGCAAUGGCACUGCAGCUCCUCAACCAACAGUGCAGUCACACUCUCGCACACUAUCUGCAUAAGAAGGGGAUAAGCUACCUGAUUCAUGCCAUCAGUUUCAGUUGCAUCCAGCAUGAGCAAGCUCAAGUUCUUGGUCACUGUCGUCCUCGUGAUCCUGCUACUGUUCGAUUCAUCGUCUUCAGGGCAAGCUGAGACAGCAUAUACCAAUUAUGAAGUGACUUCUAAAGUGAAAGAGAGAAUUCAGAAACAUAGCAGGAGGGUUCUGACAGAUGUUCAGGACUAUGACUAUGGAGGACCCAACCCUAGACAUGAACCACGUAAGAAGCCUGGAAAUGGACACUAAUCGCCUCUUCUCCACACUGAAACCUUGACAAAGAUAAGUCAGAUACUCAGAUGAUCCCAAAUGCUACAAUCACCAGACCACUAUCUUACUGUAAUGUACUAGAAUUAAGCAGAACUGUUAGGUACUAUUGUGUCGUUAAUUACCUUGUAAUAUGUUGGUCAGGUGCAUGGAGUUCAGGUCAUUUUAGACAGUACCUGCGUGUAUUCAGGUGUGUGCUUAUAUAACUAGCAACUGGUAAAAUACAACUACUGAGGACAUUUUGUAAGUUGAGACUUCAGAUAUGUGAGCUAUCUUGUUUGCAAAUCUUCGGUUGUGUUUUGAAUAAAACGAGCAUUUUGGCUCCGUAUAAAGUUUGAAUGUUCAGAGUACU